AUGGCAAACCUUCCUUCUGAGCCCGAGUUUGAGCAGGCCUUCAAAGAGCUUGCUAGCACACUUGAAAACAGCACCCUCUUCCAGCAACACCCGGAAUACCGCACUGCCUUAGAAGUCGCCUCUAUCCCCGAGCGCGUCAUCCAGUUCCGCGUCACCUGGGAAGACGACCUCGGCCAGAUCAAAGUCAACCGUGGCUACCGUGUGCAAUUCAACUCUGCGCUUGGUCCUUACAAGGGUGGUCUGCGCUUCCAUCCUACUGUGAACCUCUCCAUUCUCAAGUUCCUUGGCUUUGAGCAAAUCUUUAAGAAUGCCUUGACUGGCCUCAACAUGGGCGGCGGCAAGGGCGGCGCCGACUUUGACCCCAAGGGCAAAAGCGACGGCGAGAUCCGCCGCUUCUGCCAGGCCUUUAUGCGCGAGCUGUCCAAGCACAUUGGCGCCGACACCGAUGUGCCUGCUGGCGAUAUUGGCGUCUCGGGCCGCGAGAUUGGCUGGAUGUUUGGCGCGUACCGCCACGCACGAAACAAGUGGGAGGGCGUCUUGACUGGCAAGGGCCUCACUUGGGGUGGCAGCUUGAUUCGUCCUGAGGCUACUGGCUACGGACUCGUCUACUACGUUGAACACAUGCUGCAACAUGCCGGCAAGGGCUCGUUUGCAGGUAAGCGCGUGGCCAUUUCUGGCUCCGGUAAUGUUGCGCAGUACGCUGCGCUCAAGUGCAUCGAGCUCGGUGCUACUGUUGUCUCGCUCUCCGACUCCAAGGGCACGCUUGUUGCUGAAGAUGCGGCCUUCUUUACGCCCCAGCACGUCGACGAUAUUGCUGCCCUCAAGGUCAAACGCGCGGCUCUAUCCGAGUUCCAGCCCGGCAGCGGCUUCAAGUAUAUUGAGGGAGCGAGACCCUGGGUUCACGUGGGCAAGGUGGAUGUUGUUCUGCCCUGCGCGACCCAGAACGAAGUCAGCAAGGAGGAGGCCGAACACAUUGUUGCCAAUGGCGUCCUUGCUGUAGCCGAGGGAUCCAACAUGGGCUGCACACAGGAGGCCAUUGACAUCUUUGAGGCUGAGCGUGCUGCCAAGGGCGCCGAUGCCAUCUGGUAUGCGCCAGGCAAGGCUGCCAACUGUGGUGGAGUGGCGGUCUCAGGCCUCGAGAUGGCACAGAACAGCCAGCGUCUUUCGUGGACUUCCGAGGAGGUUGACGAGAAGCUCAAGGGCAUCAUGAAGAACGCCUUCACCGUCGCUCUUGAGACGGCCAACAAGUUUGUCCCCGUCAAGGAGGGCGAGCUUCCCAGUUUGGUCGCCGGCAGCAACAUUGCUGGCUUUGUCAAGGUUGCGCAGGCCAUGUUUGACCAGGGCGACUGGUGGCCUUGA